GCCGGCAGUAUGGUCACAGCCACUGAGAGGAGGCACCAAGAAGAGGAAGAUGAAGAUGUUAUCAUGCGCGACGACGACCGACGCAAUUCUUCUUCUCCUCCUCCUUCACCGAAGAACGCACGGCUAUCAUCGCCGAUGAAUCAGUUGAACGAUAGUCAACAUGCCGAAGAGAACUACCACCACAGCUACGAAGAGGAG